AGGAGUUGAAAUCUGAGAAUAUUGAAGUUAGAGAUAGACUCACGAAAGUGGAACAGAAUCAGUUACAUAAUGAGCCGAGAGGCACUUCGCAUAAUUCUUCUAACAUCAGUACACCUAACUUCAAUUCAGUUGCAGAGCCAACGGUAACGCAACAUGAGAAACCGUUAGUGGAUGUGGAAAUGGAUACUUCAUUACCUGAAGAACCGAUACCAGAGGAGUUAGCAGAGGUAACCGUAUCAGCUGUUAAUAUAUCUGUUAUAGACCAAUGUGAUCAGAAAUCCUUGGAAGAUAAGGAGACAGUUGUUUUCAAGGGCUUAUCUGGGGAUGUGUUCAUUAAAGUAAACUCCGCCUCUUCUGUAGACAAAGAAUCUCGAUCACAUAAGAAGAAAGAAGUGGAAAAUAUCGUGCAGGAUGUAUUUGAUUUUACCAUGGAUAGGUCCGAGAAAAAACAGCCGGAAGGUGCUUUGCACAUGACAGAAAUUUCGCUGACGGGCCGUGAGGAAAAUAAUUGCUUAGCAGAGUUAUCAAGUUCAGACGUAUUGCAAAAUAUAAACCGCUUAUAUGAGAAUGCAUGUACUGCAGAAAAUGAAAGGGUAAAGGCUAAUCAGGCGGAAAUUUUGUGCUGGAGAAAUUUUAUUAUAGGACUGGAUAAUAGUAUAGAUGAAAUCAUGAUCAAAGAAAAGGUGGGAACGAAAAAGGCCAAAGGACUGAUUUAUGAUUUUAUUCUUGCACACAAUCCUGACACCAAACGAAAGACUUUAUAUCAGCGCAUCAGUAGAGCUAGGAAGGUUUAUGAGUUUACCGAAAAAAUAGGAAUUGAUAAAAUUAAAUAUAUUAAAACAUAUAGUGCGAAUUCUAUUGCAGAACUAUCUGACAGUCAGAUUCAAACUAUUGUUGAUUAUUUCUCCAAUAAUCCCAACACUGAAUUACCAGAUGAUCAAGAAGGCUCUAUUAUCGAUUCUGAAGAGGAGAUUUCGUGUGACCAGACCGAUGCAUCGGAGGCGGUUUCAGCAACGCGAGCUGAGGUAAGCAUUCCAACAUCACCUAUUCCAUUGACCCAUCUCCGCCUUAACGUCAAUUCUUCAGAUAAUUCCUCUAGAAUCGGUCCAGUAGCUGUGAGUACAUCACCUGUGCCUCAGAUAAAUGUAUCUAACAGACCCGGACUUCCGGUUUCUAUCUUGCCUGAAAAUCCCGAAGAGAAGCGAAAACAUAUCAUUGGGUUGGUGCUAGAGAAGUUUCCUUAUCUAUCUUUAGACGAUAGUGAUGAACGCCGUGAUACAUUUAAUCUUGAUAGUUCAGCACUCUGCCCUUUAUGUAAUGGAGACCAUAAAGUGAAUCGAAGUAUAUUUGAUGAAAUAAAAGGUGAAUGGGGUGAUGGUGAGUAUUACGGAGAACGAACUUAUCGUCUCAAAUGCAGGGAGUCUUUUAAACCUGGAAUUCCAAUAGUAUCGGUAAAAGCAUAGACUGAAUUAUCGUAUAAGUUAUUUCUUUUUUUUCGAAUCUUAUCCAAAAGAGAGUCCCGAACAUUUGCCACGUAACAUUAAAUAAUUCUUUCGUGUAUGAAAAUAUCAUCUAUCAUGACAUCUGAUCUUGAGGUGUUGAUCGCUGAGCUUGAGGCUAAGAAAACUGAUGAGAAAGCUAAGCUUGAAGCACUUGAGGCUAGAAUUUUAAAACUAGAGCAG